CAAAACACAGAAUCUUCCCCGACCGGAAGCGGCACUUUUAUCGAGAAAAAUCAAUAAUUUCCUUGCUGGAGAUCGAAAGGGGGGACUUUUUGAAGUUUAUUGAUCCCCCCUUUCGCCUCAAAACUUGUGACAAAGAAUUUCUUUUGUACAGGGUGUUACUAGCUCGAGGGACAAAGAGAUGCUGUGGUGGCCUUGAAGACCGAAACUUGCAUCUAAGAUGGCUUCCAUCUGCACUAAUAAUGGGCCAGCAGUGGAAUCUUCGUCUGCCUCCACUUCGGCUGCAUCUGUGGAAUAUCAGUAUAUAAGAACAGAAAGUAAUACUAUACACUUAGAACCGUCUCCUUCUAUUAUUUGUGAAAAUUGCAAUAAAGGAGCUGCAUAUGAAGAAACUUUUCAAGGCCCCCACACAUGGAGAAAAAUUCUUCGACAUGUCCCUUCUACUAAAAGAGCAAGGAAAUCCCAAACGCAAGAAACAAAUGUAUCAGACAACGGAAAUCGAACGCAAAGCUCUAACUCAAUGCAUUUCGACAAUGACAAUGAGAUAACCAAUCAAGAUUUAUCUGAACUACAAUCCCAACAGCUGGAUCAUUCAAUGGAGCAAGAUACACCAGAUGCCUAUUUAGUCCAGGGAGACCAAGAAGUUUCACAUUUUCCACCAUGGAAAAAAGAAUUCAUUGAAAAAUCCAACUACAGAAAAAUGUUUAAACAGUCUACCAAUUCUUUAGUGGUCCAGGCAUCACAGAUUCCAGUGACAGUCAGACGUCGUGGAAGUUUACAUGGACAAACAGAAUCAGCAUUUACUAGACAGGUAGUUAACUCUACCAAAAAGAAGCUCUCGCCUUCAAACUCAUUUCGACAAGCCAUCUCGAAUACAAGUGCCCAUCCCGGUCGGAGAAUAGUAGAACCAAAAAAUAUGCUUGCUGAAGUUUCGACUAAUGUAGAUGUCACCAAAAAGCGUAUAGAGCGUGUUCAAAGAGCAAGGUUAUACCUCCUUCAACAGACAGGGCCCAAUUCUUUUCUGAUUGGAGGAGACUCACCAGAUCAUAAAUACAGAGUCAUCAUUGGACCACAGACCUGUAGCUGUGGCAGAGGUCCACAUUGUGUUCAUGUUCUGUUCGUAAUGCUGAGAGUCUUCCAAGUAGUGGAGAAUGACACCUUACUGUGGAACAAAACUUUAAAAAAUUAUGAAGUAGAAAAUCUGUUCAGGAGUUUCCAUGAUAAAUUAAGCUCUCGAAUUACUAAAAGACGAACUUCACAGCGUAGAAAAGAAAUCAUCAAGCAAGAGGAAGGGGAAGAGGAAAGAACUGUUGACACUCAAGAUGUUAGCCGGCUACCAUCAGAAAGUGAUGCAGGAAGUGUGCGGGAAGAAGAAGAAAUCUGUCCUAUUUGUUUGCUAGAGAUGCUUGAAGGAGAAAGUUUGAUCUGCUGUGAUAAUGGUUGCCAUAAUAGACUCCAUCAUCAUUGUAUUGCCAUAUGGUUUGAGGAAUGUAGGCGACAAAAUGACCCACUUAAUUGUCCAUUGUGCCGAGCUCAAUGGAAAUCAACCACAGUUGAAAUCAAAAGUACACAGAGCAGCACCUCAACUGAUGGACCUGCUUCCUCCAACACAAGAUCAUCAUCACCUCACCAUCUCACUUCAGAAGAGGAUAGUUCCAGGUUGCCUUAUGCUGAGCCCAUUCCUGCUGAGCUAGAGUUGACAGCUGCCCCUUGGGUUGAGGCCUUAGGAGCUGACCUUGUAGGAUGUCUGUUGUCACGCAACUGGUCCAUAAGAGAAGCAGGUCUGAAACAUUUAAGUAAAGAAGUGGUAGCAACCUUGCUAAAGGGUGCAGGGGAAGGCAGGUCAGGUGUUAUUGUGUCUCCAGUUCGGCAGGAAGCAACUCACAACAUGCUAAAAACAGCUUGUAACAUCUUAGCUUACACAUGUGCAGAUCCUGUUUACAGGGUUUUUGUUGCUUCAUUGAGAGCCAUUCGCACACUUUUGUCCUACACACCUUGCCGAGAUAUGAAGCAGAGAACAAGGCUACAGAAAGUACUGAAGCCUAUAAUAGAAGCAAUCAUUUUAAAAUGUACAGAUGGUAACAGGCGAACGAGUCAACUUUCUCUUUCUACACUAGUGGAGUUAGUGAAAGGUCAGGAAGGGGAGCUAGCUGUGGGACGAGAAAUCAUCAAUCCAGGUAAUGAAGGAUUGGAUGGUCUAAAUUAUGUUUUGAAGUGUGUCACUGAGGAUUAUGACAAGGAUUCAGUGACCUGGCAGUGGCUGUUAGGGAGGCUAUAUGUACUAGACAGGCUUUUGGAGGAGUUUCCUACUGAAUUUGUUCCAAGACCAGAAGAAGCGCGAGAUGCAGCAGGAGCAGCUGAAGCAGAUGAUGAAGCUGAAAUUGGUGCUGCUGCUGGACCCUGCGAAGCUAGAAGAACCGACUCAUCUGAAGUGGGAGGGGCCUCCAAUUAUGAAAGACUUAUGUCUGUGGCCCAUUUCUCUGUGAAGGCUGUAUGCAGUACUCACAUGAGGAUAGCCCGUAUGUCCAGGAGAGUGUUUUUGCUUUCUGCCAAGCUGGGUGCUCAUGUGCAAAAAGUGAUCUUGGAACUUAAAACUCUUCUUUCCCAGAUAGAUUCCACCUCUGUGGCAUCUCUUCGUAGGAAACUUGACAGAAUAGUUGAAGACUUCCAGCUGUCUGAGAGAAUAGUUUAUGAACUAAUGCAUGGUUCAUGGAAACAAGGAAAGUUAAAUUCUCCCUGCCACACUCCCAUGGAUUCGCCAUCCUCCACCCCAAGAUGUAAUUCUCCAGAAAAUGCCCCCAUUGAUCUGGGAGUACAUCCUACAAUAAACAAAGAACCUUCUGCUCCUCCGACAACACCAGUGCAACGGUCUAAGAGGAAGCUUAAAAGAGGCAUACCCCGCAGAAGCUUUCGUGAACCAAACUGCCCCCCAGCUCCUCCUCCCACAUUGGAAAACUCCCCUGAAAAAGUUUACCAAGACCACCUUAAAGAGAACGUUGAUGCUUCCAACAUACUGCUGGGGGAGGGCGCUGGAGUAAGUCAUUUAGGAAGUGCAAGCCCGCCAAAUAGGAGGAAAUCCAAUUUGCCUCGGCGAAGAAGAACUAUUGAGGGGGAAACAGUUAAAAACAAAAGAGGUGGGUCGUCAAGCCCCACCAUUGUUCGCAGGCGGACAACAGAAGGGUGUACUUACACUUCUAAUGUGCCGCCACCUCAACCAGCUGCACCUCAGCAGUCACGCACAACAACACGUGUAACUCCAUUAGUACAUCCUGUUCCUGUAAUAUCAGUCACUGACACAUCUGGCCAAGAGACGGGGAACUUCAGCCCUCUCUCUGACCUAGAUGAAAACAGCAAAGAUUCCAAUGAAGAAACUGAUGGUGGUAAUAGCAAGCCUUUGAAUAUAUAUGAAACUAUAAAAGUCUCCACUUCUUCUCAUCUCUCGGACCAUGUGACAUUUUGUCCUGAAGAUGUCAACCAUAAGCCAUCUGCAGCAGCUAGCAAUGUCAAUUCUACGUGUUGUUGUCAGUGCCGGUGCCAUGAGUCUGCAAGUGCAGAAACAGGGGCAUCUACUCCCAAAUCAGGUGCAGCUGGUGUGCCUAACAGUCCAGACAGCCAUUACCACACAGCAGAACAUGAGUCCAUGAGUAGUGAUGACUUUCUGGACUUUUCUCAGUCUACUAAGCUAUCCAGCAAUGAAAAACCGGUUUCGUUUAAAUCUGAAGUAGCCGAAUCACCUAAAUCAUCACCCAGUCACUCUGUGCACAGUGCAACUAGUACCAAAAGUGAAGAGUGCAGCAAAAAUUGUAAAGAAGAAGUGGAGCGUGAAGAGGCUGAAGCUUUAGCCAAAGCUCUAGAUGUAUCUGAGAGGCAGGACCCUUGCCCAGUGGUGCCAGGGCUGACCCCAACAGCUAGAGAAGAAGUUAUAACUAUAAGAAUACAACCAGAUGAUGAGUGCGAUGAUAGAAAUGGUGAAUGCAGACAACCAACAAUGUAUUUAGAGAAAGUUCACUGGGUCAAGGGUCCACUGUUGGGUACAGGAGCCUACAGUUCCUGUUAUCAGGCCAGAGAUGUAAGGACUGGUGUUAUCAUGGCUGUCAAGCAGAUCUCAUUUUGUCGCAAUUCUGCCCAAGAACAGGAGAAGGUUAUUGAGGCUAUAAGUGAAGAGAUUCACAUGAUGGCAAGACUGAGCCACCCAAACAUUGUUCGUAUUUUAGGUGCCACCAAACAGGGAUGUCAUUUUAACAUGUUUGUGGAAUGGAUGCCAGGUGGAUCUGUUGCAUACUUACUUGGUGAAUAUGGAGCCUUCACUGAGAAUGUUAUAGUUAACUAUACCAGACAGGUCCUGCGUGGUUUGGCUUAUCUCCAUGACAAUCAUAUUCUGCACAGGGAUCUUAAAGGGGCCAAUCUUCUUAUUGAUAGCACAGGCCAGACACUACGAAUUGGUGAUUUUGGGGCCUCAGCCCGGUUAGCUUCCCAAGCCACUGGUGCAGGAGAGUUUCAAGGGCAGCUUUUAGGGACCAUUGCUUUUAUGGCACCAGAGGUGCUUCGUGGAGAAAGCUACGGAAGAGCAUGUGAUAUUUGGAGUGUGGGAUGUGUUAUGAUAGAAAUGGCAACAACCAAGCCUCCGUGGAAUGCUACAGAUAUCUCUAAUCAUUUGGCUCUUAUUUUUAAGAUUGCAUCAUCUGUAGACUCUCCACCCAUCCCAGAGAAUCUUCCACCUCCAAUUAGAGAUUUGAUGCUGCGGUGCCUUGAGCAAAAUUCUGAAGAUAGGCCAUCUGCUAAAGACCUUCUGGUCCAUCCUUUGUUCACACAAUGUUUCACAACCACACAUAACAUGUCCAACCACUUGAAUGGCAGCAAACUUGCCAAUAGGUAACAUAAACUUAUUGGAUCAUAAAAACUGGCAUUAUUUUUACAACUUGACCACUUGGUGUUCUGUUUGGUGGUGAGUCUUCCCUGUGACAUUAAAGGAGUAACAGAUAUAAUUACUAGAGUUGUCUAAUUAAUUAGGAAUGUACCAUUUUCUUGUAACCAUUUAGAUGCCAAAGAAGUUCAUUGUAGAAAUUUUUGUUUCUAGACUUUUUCUUUUUGUAAUCAAAUGAAUUGUUAGUUUUUUUUUGUUUUUUUUUUUUUUAGUUAGUUUUUCUUUUUGUAUUUUUUAAAAAGUAAAUAGGGACUUUUAAAACAAAACAUAAAUGGCAAUUUUAUAUAAUGGCAGCUUAUUAAUUAACACAUUAGACAUAACAAAAAGAAUUGUGUAAUAUACUGUACAAAAGCUAAAGGAUUCUAAUUGUAUUUACUUAACAAAUAUUGAAUUUCACAAAGAAACUUUUAAAACUUGUUUAGCGGUGAAAAGUUUUAUCUUUGCACACAUUUUUUUAAAGUCUCAUCAAAAUAGCUAUUAUAUUUAUGUAUAUUUUUUUUUCUACUUUUGUUUAUAAUGUUAUUUUGUAUGGCUAGUCUCAUAUUUCUGUGCCAGACAGUUCAUAAACUUGGACUUCGCUGAGAACCAAGUUGUCUGUCCUUGUUUGCGGCUGUCUUCACCUGUCACACUUGCUGGGUGUUAUUUUCAUGAGACAAAAUUGUUCUCUAGAUGCCCCAUUUAUUUGUGGUCAAAUAGACAAUACUUGAAUAAAAAUGUGGACAGACUAAAUGGGCAAUAAAGAAUGACUUGACUUAAUAAUUACACAUUUUUUUUAAAAUGCAAAAUAACUUAUUUGUUUGUUUAAAAAUGUCGCCAGUAUUUAAAGUCUCACAGUUACUAUUGCUAGGUUGUGUAUGUAAAUAAUGAGGUUGAUGGUUAGCUGUAAGUGUACAUUGCAAGAAGUCUUGUCAUAUUUGUUGCUAUUUGGGUCAUUCCACAUUCCGCAGGAAAGUAUUGUUGCUUUCUCUUAACUUAUUUCAUAUUUUUUUCUUUUUGAAAAAAAAAAACUUCACAGUACCGGUACUACAAAUUUGACUUUAAAAUUUCCUCUUUCUGUGAUAUUAAAUUGUCAAGGUCAGAGAUUUAUUUGCUUCACUUCACCCAAUCAGUGAAUGUCCAUUUUAAUGAGAUCUGUACGGACGACAUACAACAGUCGGGCAAUGAUCAUUCAUGAACCAGUGGGAGUGCAUUUCUUGGUGCCAUAUUGGAAAGUUGUUCAAUUUAGUUUUCAGCUGUUUUUGGAUUAAUUUCAGAGCCAGUUAAAUGUAUUUUUCAAAUCCCACAUGAUUUGUUCCAUGUUUGUUCAGAUCUGAAAUUUGUUUUUCCCCUACACACCUAUUUGCCAGUUGUACUACCAGGCCAGCCUGAGUUGGUAGCUAUAUCUCUUCUGAAUGCUUGUGGCUAAGGACUUGGCAGCAGGGGGCAUAGUUUUUGUGCUUCAUCCAUUUGCUGCUAGUCUGGGACCAAUUGUACGUAUGGGUCUAAAAACACAUUUAAAAAAACAAAAUGCUUCAACAUUUGACAAAACAUGUUUGUUUUCACUUUUAAUAUUUGCUUUUUUUUUUUUUUUUUAAACUGCUGAAGUUUCUAAUACUAGACUGUUUAUGUGUAAUUUUAUAAGGCUUGGAGGGGGAUACUAGUAACUGUUCUAUAAAAUGUCAACAAAUCAGAAUUGUUAUUCUGGAAAAGUUACUUCUGCUUUCAUUUUGUGAAUCAAUUGUUCGUGUUAAGGAACUUGUUUUCUUGUUGCCAACCCACUUUGCCUUCACUGUGUACAGGUUUUUAAAUAGUUUUGAAUCUUUGAAACUUCAGCAUUAGAACAACUGGUUGUGACUGAAAUGAUCUUCCAAAGUAUUGAAUGCAAUAGAAUUUUCACAAUGUAUUUUAUCUGUUUUACAUUUUAAAAACAGUAUUUCUCUACAAAAUGAAACUUUUCAGAUUUAAAAUAGUCAUUAAAAGGAUCUUUACGCAACCCCAAAAAAAAUCUUUUAGAACAGACAUUUUAAGAAAAUAUUUUUACUUUGGCUUGUAAUUUAACAGACAUGUUUUACAAAAAGAUAAUUUUGAUUAUUGAUUUAGAUUUUUUAAAAUUAAUUGAGAGAUAUUUACCUAAUGUUUAAAUAAAAAAUUAACAAUUGUUUUUAA